AUGGCCCAGCGACAGGUGCCAUUGCACGUCACUCAGCCGACGCUGCUCACGAACCUCAACAUUCUCCCGGCAUCGAUAUCAUGGCAAAACUGCACACUCGAGUCCGACAAGUACGUUUGCGUGCGCCAGGUCAACAACGAAGCCAACGCGCCCGCCGAGACCGUCAUCAUCGACCUCAAGAACACCAACAAUGUCAUCCGGAGACCGAUUCGCGCCGACAGCGCCAUCAUGCACUUGACUGAGCCCAUCAUCGCUCUCAAGGCACAAGGCCGGACACUGCAGCUGUUUAACCUCGAGACCAAAGAGCGUCUGCAGACCUACAGCCAUCAGGAGGACAUUCAAUUCUGGAGGUGGAUCAGCCAGACGACACUUGCGCUCGUCAGCACAAAGGCCGUAUACCACUGGGAUGUCCUUGAUUCGAAGAACGCUGUUGCGCCGCGUAAGAUCUUCGAUCGCCAAGAACAACUCGAGAACAACCAGAUCAUCAACUACGUUACCAACGAUGACGAGAGCUGGUCUUGCUUGGUCGGUAUCACAUCGAACCCCGCCGGUGGCAUUCGUGGAAACAUGCAGCUCUUCUCCAAGGCGAGGAACGUUAGCCAGCCCCUCGAGGGUCACGCUGCUACCUUUGGCACACUCCGUCUCGAUGGAGCCUCAACCGACACAAAGAUCUUCGCCUUCGCUGUGAAAUCUUCGUCUGGAGAAGCCAAAAUCAACAUCGUCGAGGUCGACCACAACGCCGCAAACCCAGCCUUCCCGAAGCGCCUCAUUCCGAUCCACUGGCCCGCCGAGGGUACUGGUGACUUCCCGCUCGGCAUCCAUAUCGCGCAAAAGUACGGCAUUUUAAUCGUAAUUACGAAGUUCGGUUUCAUUCACCUCCACGACCUCGAGACCGGUACCGCUCUGUUCCUGAACCGGAUAUCUGAGGAGACAGUCUUCACAACGGCGCGAGAUGACGAAGGCACUGGUGUAGUCGUCAUCAACAAGCGCGGACAGGUUCUGCAUACAACCAUUCGGGAAGACACCCUGAUUCCAUACAUCAUGGAGAACCCGGCGUGUGCUGAAAUUGCGUACAAGCUUGCCUCAAAGGGCGGGCUUCCAGGCGCAGAUCAGCUCUACUCCCAACGAUUCGAGACGCUCAUGUCCCAGGGAAACUUCGCGGAAGCCGCAAAGGUCGCUGCCAACUCGCCCCGGGGCUUCCUCCGCACAAUGAACACAAUCAACAGGCUGCGCCAGGUUCCCAACCAACCUGGUCAGAUCACUACUCUGCUACAAUACUUUGGUCAAUUACUCGACAAGGGUGGUUUGAACAAGGAGGAAACUCUGGAGUUGGCCCGACCUGUUUUCGCUCAGGGCCGCAAGCACCUCAUCGAGAAGUGGCAGAAGGAAGGCAAGCUUCACUGCUCAGAGGAGCUCGGUGAUCUCGCCAAACCCCACGAUCUAAACCUCGCUCUGGCCAUCUAUAAGGAGGCGAACGUAUCCCAGAAGGUUGUCGCAGCUCUCGCGGAGCUCGGCCACUACGAUCUCAUCCUGCAGUACUGCAACGGCGUUGGCUACACACCGGAUUACAACGUCUUGCUUCAGCACGUCGUUCGCAUCAAUGCCGAGAAGGGAGCCGAGUUUGCUUCCCAGCUAGCGAAGAACGAAGGCGGCCCACUGAUUAGUAUCGACCGCGUUGUCGACAUCUUCCAGUCCCAAGGCAUGAUCCAACAGGCAACCGCUUUCCUCCUGGAUGUUCUCUCCAACGAUCUACCCGAAGAGGGCCACAUGCAGACCAAGCUCCUCGAGAUGAACUUGCUCAAUGCCCCUCAGGUUGCAGAUGCUAUUCUGGGCAAUGAGAUGUUCCACCACUACGACAAGAUGCGCAUCGCUCAGCUCUGCGAGAACGCUGGUCUGCUGACUCGUGCUCUGGAACACAAUGAUGACCCAGCCGCGAUCAAGCGUAUCAUUGUUCAGACCGACAAGCUUCCAGAAGAGUGGCUGAUCAACUACUUCGGUCAGCUCACAGUCGAGCUGUCGCUUGAGUGCUUGGACGCCAUGCUCACUACCAACAUCCGCCAAAACCUUCAAGCUGUCAUCCGCAUCGCCCAGAAGUAUUCUGAUCUGCUUGGCGCCACCAAGAUCAUCGAUCUGCUAGAGAAGCACCGCACCGCGGAGGGUCUGUACUUCUUCUUGGGUUCCAUUGUCAACGUCAGCGAAGAUCCCGACGUUCACUUCAAGUACAUCGAGGCUGCGACCACUAUGGGCCAACUCAACGAAGUUGAGCGUAUCUGCCGAGAGAGUCAGUUUUUGAACGGAGAAAAGGUCAAGAACUUCUUGAAGGAGGCCAACCUCACGGAACAGCUACCUCUGAUUAUUGUCUGCGACCGCUUCAACUUCAUCCACGAUCUUGUACUGUACCUGUACAAGAAGCAGCAGUUCAAGUCUAUCGAAGUCUACGUUCAGAGGGUCAACCCUGCCAGGACACCGGCUGUCGUUGGCGGUCUGCUCGAUGUGGACUGCGAUGAAAGCAUCAUCAAGGGCCUUCUGGCUUCAGUAACGCCAUCGUCGAUUCCAAUCGAUGAGUUGGUUGCUGAGGUUGAGUCGCGAAACCGAUUGAAGCUUCUUCUCCCAUUCUUGGAGCAGACACUCGCAAGUGGCAACCAGCAGCAAGCUGUCUACAACGCCUUGGCCAAGAUCUACAUCGAUUCCAACAACAACCCGGAGAAGUUCCUGAAGGAGAACGACCAAUACGACACACUCACCGUUGGCAAAUACUGCGAGAAGCGUGACCCCAACUUGGCAUUCAUCGCCUACAGCAAGGGACAGAAUGACCUUGAGCUGAUCCACAUCACCAACGAGAACGCCAUGUUCAAGGCCCAAGCACGUUACCUUCUGGAGCGAGCCGACUCCGAGGUCUGGGAUUAUGUCCUGAGUCCCAACAACAUCCAUCGCCGAUCGCUCGUAGACCAAGUCACUUCCUCGGCUGUUCCUUCGUCUACCGAUCCAGACAAGGUCUCUGUUGCUGUGAAGGCUUUCAUCACUGGUGACAUGCCUGCUGAGCUGAUCGACCUGCUGGAGAAGAUCAUCUUAGAGCCGACUACAUUCAGUGAUAACCCGUCCCUUCAGAACUUGCUGAUGCUCACUGCCUGCAAGUCCGAUCGCGGUAGAGUUAUGAACUACAUCCAGCAGCUCGAUCAGUACAGCCCUGAAGACAUUGCCCAACAAUGUAUCGAGGUCGGCAUGUACGACGAGGCCUUUGAGAUCUUCAAGAAGCACGAGAACCACGUCGAGGCUGCCAACGUCCUCAUUGAGCACAUUGUUUCGAUCGAUCGAGCAUAUGAAUAUGCUGACAGGGUUGACACGCCUGAGGUGUGGAGCAGGGUCGCUAAGGCACAGCUGGACGGUCUUCGUGUCACGGACUCAAUCGAGUCUUACAUCCGUGCCGGAGACGCAUCCAACUAUCUGGAAGUCAUUGAGAUUGCUACCCACGCUGGCAAGGACGAAGACUUGAUCAAGUUCCUGAGAAUGGCUCGCAAGACUCUUCGUGAGGUACCCGUCGACACCGCCUUGGCUUUCUGCUUCGCUCGUACCAACCAACUACCCGAGCUCGAGGACUUCCUCCGCGCUACCAACGUUGCAGAUGUUGAAGCGUCAGGUGACAAGGCUUACGAGGAGGGUUAUCAUGAGGCGGCCAAGAUCUUCUUCACUAGCAUUUCGAACUGGGCGAAGCUUGCAACCACUCUUGUGCACCUAGAGGACUACCAAGCUGCUGUCGAGUGUGCCAGGAAGGCAAACUCCGUCAAGGUCUGGAAGCAAGUCAACGAAGCCUGCGUCGCGAAGAAGGAAUUCCGUCUCGCCCAGAUUUGCGGUCUCAACCUGAUCGUCCACGCCGAAGAGCUCACCGAUCUCGUUAAGCAGUAUGAGCGCAAUGGCUACUUCGACGAGCUGAUUAGCCUGCUCGAGGCUGGUCUUGGAUUGGAACGCGCCCACAUGGGAAUGUUCUCUGCGUUGGGAGAAGCUCUAGCCAAGUACCAUCCUGAGCGUGUCAUGGAGCACCUCCGUCUCUUCUGGUCAAGGAUCAACAUUCCAAAGAUGAUUCGUGCAACAGAAGAGGCCCAUCUAUGGCCCGAACUCAUCUUCCUCUACGUCCACUACGAUGAGUGGGACAACGCCGCCCUUGCCAUGAUGGAGCGUGCCGCAGAUGCCUGGGAGCACCAAGCAUUCAAGGACACCAUCACCAAGGCUACUAACGUUGAGAUCUACUACCGGGCUUUGGGCUUCUAUCUUGAGGAGCAGCCAACUCUCCUGACGGACCUCUUGCAAGCGUUGACCCCCCGAAUCGAUGUCAACCGCGUUGUCCGCAUGUUCGUCAAGUCUGACAACAUUCCUCUGAUCAAGCCUUUCCUCCUCAACGUCCAGUCACAGAACAAGCGCGAGGUCAACAACGCCCUCAACGAUCUCCUUAUCGAAGAGGAGGACUACAAGACACUCCGCGACUCGGUCAACAACUAUGACAACUACGACCCCGUUGACCUUGCCCAGCGUCUGGAGAAGCACGACCUUGUCUUCUUCCGUCAAAUCGCAGCCGACAUCUACCGCAAGAACAAGCGAUGGGAGAAGUCCAUCACUCUCAGCAAGCAGGACAAGUUGUUCAAGGAUGCCAUUGAGACCUCUGCGAUGUCAGGCAAGUCUGAUGUCGUUGAGGAUCUGCUCCGCUACUUCGUCGAUAUCGGCAGUCGCGAGUGCUACGUCGGUAUGCUCUAUGCCUGCUAUGACCUCCUCCGCCCCGACCUCAUCCUCGAGAUGUCAUGGCGCAACGGUCUGCACGACUUCACCAUGCCAUACAUGAUCAACCUCAUCUCCCAACAGACGGCCGCUCUCGAGAUGCUCAAGAAGGACAACGAGGAGCGCAAGACCCGCGAGGUGUCGCAGCAGAAGAAGGAGGACGACACUCCGAUUUUGGGCUCGCGCCUCAUGCUCACUCAGGGUCCGAUGACUUCGGCCCCGUCUCCAGGUCCUUAUGGACAGGCCAACGGCAUCGCCCCGCAGCCAACUGGAGGCUUCCGCCCCUUUUAG